AUGUCGGCGGGUGGUGAACAUUUAAAGGAUGAGGGCAACCGAGGUCAAGUGGUGGCUGCCGGUGCCGUAGCAGGACUCGUUUCGCGGUUCUGCAUCGCCCCGCUAGACGUUGUGAAGAUACGGCUCCAGCUCCAGAUCCAUUCGCUCUCCGAUCCUCUAUCGCAUCGUAAUGUCAGGGGGCCGAUUUACAAAGGCACAAUUUCCACUCUAUGCGCCAUUGCGCGGCAGGAGGGUAUAACAGGUCUCUGGAAGGGUAACAUACCCGCUGAGAUUCUCUACAUUUGCUAUGGCGGAAUCCAAUUCACGGCCUACCGUAGCAUAACUCAACUAUUACACCUACUUCCACCACAACGUCGACUACCAGGCACAGUUGAAACGUUUAUCAGCGGCGCAACAGCAGGUGGCUUGGCAACGGCCUCAACGUACCCGUUCGACCUACUACGCACCCGCUUCGCUGCCCAGGGUAAUGAGAAAGUGUACGCUUCCCUCGUCAGCUCUAUACGCGAUAUAUACCGGUAUGAAGGGCCCCGAGGCUUUUUCCGCGGUGUCACUGCCGCCGUUGCGCAGGUAGUUCCUUACAUGGGCCUGUUUUUCGCCACGUAUGAAUCCCUCCGUAAGCCGAUAAGUAGUAUUGAGCUACCGUUUGGAUCGGGGGAUGCUACGGCCGGCAUGAUAGCGAGCGUUCUGGCGAAAACGGGAGUGUUUCCACUUGAUCUUGUCCGGAAGAGGUUGCAGGUACAAGGUCCUACGCGGUCGAGGUAUGUGCAUGUGAACAUACCCGAAUACCAUGGGGUUAUUAGCACUAUCAAGACUAUAUUGGGUACGCAGGGGGUUAGAGGGCUAUAUCGGGGGUUGACUGUGAGUUUGAUCAAGGCUGCGCCGGCUAGUGCGGUGACUAUGUGGACGUAUGAGAGAACGAUGGCAGUGCUGAAGGAACUGGAUUCCGAACGGGCCAGGUAG